AUGGAAAGUUAUGCCCAUGCAUCAGCGCCCUUGGAAUGCGACGUGGAGAAUGUCGCACAAUAGCUAGUAACUGUGAAUAAUUGCAAUUAAAAUUUGUCUUGUGUUCUUAGCGCUAAAAUGUUUGAAAAUCCAGACGUUUCGGGACUACUGUCCCUUCAUCAGUGGAAGAUGCCGUUACACUGAACGCGCGUCAUUUUAUUCAAAUGUGGCAACAUUUGAGGCGCGCGCUGGACGAGUUCGCUCAAAUAAAAUUGAAGUCAAUGUUUAUGCCGCGCAGCUGUAGAGUUUUGCAUUUAAAAAUUAGGCGGCCCUCCGCUCUACGUCUGUCCCAGGUGUUGUGAAGUCCCGCUCGCACAACAGCUACCAUCAUCACCAAAGCGGCAAUAAAAAAGCUCAUUCUACAGAGACCUUAAACAUCCUGCUCACGGAUAAGAUACUCGAAGCAAUGGAUAAAAAGCAGAUAACAGCACUAGUACUAUUAGAUCUAUCCAAAGCCUUUGACAGUAUAGACCAUGCAAGGUUGCUCCACAAACUCUCCAUCUUAGGAGCCUCGCCCUCUACUGUCAAAUGGUUCAAGAGCUAUUUAACUGGUCGCAGGCAAUACCUGAGAAUAGGCUCCGCCUACUCUGACACUCUACCUAUAACUCACGGAGUUCCUCAAGGCGCAAUCUUAUCACCAUUGUUGGUCUGCAUUUGUCUCAACGAUUUACCUACGGCACCCACGUUUUGCAACCUAGAAUCGUAUGUGGAUGACUCAAAGCUAUUCAUGUCAUUUCCUCUCGUUGAGCUUGAUGCCGCCAUUGAAAAGCUCGAACAAGACCUUCACAGUGUAGCUCAAUGGUGCUGUGAGAACCAUCUACUUAUCAAUCCCGAUAAAACUAAACUCCUUUUCCUCGGUACCAGACAGAUGUUAAGCAGGUUACCAGAAGACCCUAGAGUGGUAUUCUAAAAACACUGAAGCCAAAAGACUCUGCCAAGGACUUGGGAGUCUUUCUUGACCCCCAUCUGACCUACGAUCACCAUAUUUCAUGUGUAGUGCCAUCUUGUUUCGCAAAGCUUUGCCAAAUAAAUAGAGUCAAAAGGAGCUUCGACAAGGAAACACUAGAGUUGUUAAUAACGUCAUUAGCCUUUAGUAAGAUGCUUUACUGCUUAUCUGUAUGGUCAAAUACUACACUCCAGAAUAUAAGCAGAUUACAAUCUAUUCAGAAUUUUGCCAGCAAGAUCGCAACAAACUCUAGGAAGUUUGACCAAGUAACACCUUUGCUUCGAGAGCUAAACUGGCUUCCUGUUAAAGAACAAUUCUUCUAUAGAGACUCCGUUUUGACCUUUAUAUGUCAGAACGAUCUUGCGUCUCAAUAUUUAACGAGCAAGUUUACCAAGCGCUCAAAUAUACAUACUCGUAACACUCGUACACGGAACUCUUUGCAGAUUCCGCUAAACAGAACGGUUAUAGGCCAGCGCACAUUUUCCUACAGAGGGGCCUACACUUGGAAUAACUUGCAAAAUGAACUUAGGCAAAGUGCCUCUUUGGCAUCUUUCAAGCGCGCCCGGAAAGACACACUAUUGAGGCAGACAUUUCCUUCAUAAGCUCUAGAAUUUAGUAGAAUACCAUCAUAAAUUGUGAUUUCGAGUUUUUUAUUAUCAUUUUUGCUUUUAUAAAUUGUAAAUAGUUUGUAAAUAGUCCCUGAAAAACCUCACGAGGAUGUUACUAUUAAAGUUAUUAUUGUAUCAUCUGUUGUGUGACCGGGGGAGGAAAACUUUUUAGCCACGGGCAGGCCAGCUUUCUUUGAGACAGAUCUGAGGUGUUCGCAGAACCUGUCCCCAAGCCUACGUCCGGUUUCGCCAACGUACGACAGAGGGCAUGCCUGCCAAGUUAUGAUAUACACGAGGUUACUUGUCGUGCAUGAGAACCUCUGCCGUAUGAUCAGAGGUCCACCUGGGGUGUUGAUCUGGGAGGCUGGGUUGGUAUGGGCGCAGGUCUUGCAUGGUGGACGACGGCAGGGAUAAGUUCCAUUUGGUUUAUCGCCAGUGUUUGCGCCGGAUUGAAGGUCGCUACUGACCAAGGAAUCACGCAGGUUGGUGUCGCGGCGGUACGCGAACUGUUCAGGGUAUUGAAAGAUCAUAAAAAUCAAAUGUUUCAGGAAUUAGUGAACGCUUCGUACGGACAUUGCUUCCGGAAUGAAAUGGACAGCUUGCUGGGCAAAGAAGAUUUUAUGGACACUCAAGACUGUGGGACAGAGAAGGUAGCUAGAGUUUGGCUCACAAAUUCGCGCUUCGGCUCCGCUUUGAAACGUUCAAUCACCAAGCCUCAAGAUGCAAAGUUACCGAUUGAUAAGUUUGGCUUUCACGCGGACAACCCACAGGUUGAGAUGAAGAAACAAGACUUUCGAAUAAACUGA